AAAUCCUUGAGGGUAGUUGAUACUGUGCUUUUAGAAAAAUGACUUUCUAAUGUCUGGGUUAGGAAAUAAUCUGUGACACGUGUAGUGAAUGGAUGCCCACUGAUGACCAUGGUGCUUUAACACUUUGCAGAGGCAGUCAUUUGUGUUGUUCCUGUCUAUAAUCUUACUGCCAUGGACUAGUGGCUGUUAAAUGCCUCCAUCUCCCCCACACCCCUUUUUGAGUGGGAGUCCUAUAACCAUUAUUCUAUCCCUUUCUCAUAUAUUGGGUGUUUGGGGGAGGGGAGACAAAGAACUUAUUUUCUCAGUUACAGAAGUACACAUUGAGAGGAGCAGUACCCAAAGAUCCUCAUUCAUAGGCAGACCUGGGGCAGAUGACAAGACCCUAGACUUUGAGCCAAUGAAAAAAGGUGAUGAGGUUUUUGAGAGAGGGAUGUAAAUUGUGGCCAGGGCAGCAAAAGAAGCAGGUGAUGGUGAAAACACUGUGGCCUUGUUUUUUGGUACUACCUGGAGAUAGUACUUGAACUGCAAGAGUGAAGGGGAUGUGAGCUAUGGAAGAAAGGAAUGGGGUGGUUCAGGAAGACGCUAUAAUGAAGGCUCCAGAAGAAAUACACAAAGGAAGAAACUACCCCAUAUUGCCCAGGAGAAGAUAGACUCCUUUCUUUAGCCUUACAACAUUGAUUCUACAAGAUAACGUGAAGGAUAGAUAAGAUAAUGCAAAGAUUAGUUCUGAAGAUGGCAUUUGCCCGUAAGCACAUCACCUGUGAAACAAAUUACUGUGGGAAAAGGUUUAUUAUUUGAGGUAGGAUGGGCUUGGUUUUCAAUUUCUAUGCGGCCACUUACUGAUGCCACUUACCUUGGGUGUUUAACACCAGCUGGAUGGUAUCUUAUAAACCUUUCAUUUGUUUUCGAAUGCACUUGGGGAAUAUGUCAAAUUAAUUUGUUAGAAUCCUUCAAUUUUUAGUAACCCACUCUAGUGUGAAAGGAUGAUGGCUCAGAAUUCUCUCAGAAGGAUCUUCUUAUGUCAGAUCUGAAGCUUACUCAGCAGAACCUGGUUUCAGCCCUAGUGAUAGAUGACAAAUAAAAAUGGCCCUUUAUGUAAUUUCUGUUUCUCAUCCAAAAGCAGUUCAUGAUCAUUUCUUUUUAGAACAGAAUAGAAAACAGAAGAUUGGCUCUUUUUAUUUUGUAAGUAGGACUUUCGUUCUGAACAACUGACUUACUGCUUAUGCUUGAAUUCCUUAUUGGCUCACCGGGUCAGAAUACCCUGGAAGAGCUGAUAAGUUUGAGUGUUGACACCCAAAUCCCAGACUGAUGUGGCUUCAUUAAGAAGGCAGUCACUGUGGGUAAGUGUCAGUCAGGAGAUCUCACAAAAACAGUGAUGGAGUCUAACGCCUGUUAGAAGAAUCUUACUUAAUUCUGUUGGAGAAUGAAUCCCAGAUUCCUUUCAUCCUGGUCCUCAAGCCUUGGGCUAAGACGAAAGACAUUUAACACUUACUACAUGUCAUAAACUGCUGGAUCAUCCCACAGAACAUUGUCUUACUUAAUCCUCAUAUAAUUUCCUUGUGAAAUACUUUAUAUUAUCUCCAUUCUUAAUUCCUCAAAUGCGCAAGUUUUUUCCUCCCACCUUCUCAACUUCUAUAUAUCCUAGUCCCACCUGGAAUGGUUUUAUUUCUCCUCUUUGCCUCAUAAUCCCUCCUUAAGAGCUCAUCUCAGUUGUUAACAACUCCAAGGAAGCCUUCCUAACCCCCUAGGUCUGAUUUCCCAUUGCACAAUGUAAUCACACACUAUCUCAAUAACCACAAGAAAUUAUGGAUUAAUCAUGUAAUAUCAGCUGUGUAUGCAAAAGCGUAAGCUCCGUGAGGACAGGAACUGUGUCUGUGUCAUUUUCCUGUGUUAUUUGUAGUGCCAGGCAUAGUUCCUUACCCAUAGACACUCAGUAUAUAAAACAUCUGAAUAUGGCAAAUAAAUGCCAUCUAUUAGAAGUUGAAUGCUGUUCUAUUAUAACUCUGAAACUUUCUUUAAGUAACACCAGACUCAGAACCUAACAGGAAGUAUUUCUAAAUGAAAUUGCCCAAGAAACUCUUCCUCAACUCUAUCUCAGUUCUAAAUUGGCUAACAAUAAAAGUUAUUCAUUAAUCUUAAGUUCUGGCUAGGGUGUGGUUCUAAGAAAAGGAACUGAAAGUUUUCAAAAAGUCUCCCCAGUUGUGUAGGUGAACUCUUCAGAGAAGUCCCAUGUUUCUGACAGCUAGUUUUGAAAAAAAGUAGUAGGACACGCUCUAGGACUACGUGUCCCAUUAGGGAGACUUUAGAAAGAACAGACGUCGAUGCUUCUAGUUUACCAGCAGUUCUGACUUCCUGCUGAGCUGAAACCUGCUUGUUUUGUGGAAAAGCAAAAACUCGGCAGCAAACAUCUAAAAUGAAGAGGCCCCGAACUUUUGAGGAGCAAACAGAAUGCAUCUUGAACACUUUACUCACAGACUUCUUAGGCACCCCAACACAGGUUGCUAACCGGGACCUAUGUUGUGGAGAUGAACCAGAUUCAGGAGAGCCUUGCUCUUUUGAUGUGGCCAUCAUUGCUGGUCGCCUUCGGAUGUUGGGUGACCAGUUCAAUGGAGAAUUGGAAGCUUCUGCCAAAAAUGUCAUUGAAGAAACCAGUCAUGGACGGGCAGGAGCUGCACUUCAGGACACAGUCAAAAGUCUUAGCCAGGCUUGGUGUGCUCAGGAUUCCAGCUUAGCUUAUGAGAGAGCCUUUCUGGCAGUGUCAGUGAAGCUUCUUGAAUACGUGGCCCACAUCGCUCCUGAAAUGGCAAGACAGGUCGUUGUCUCCAUGACAAGCAUGAUUAAUGGGAACAAUGCCAUCCAAGAGUUUGUCCAGGGCCAGGGAGGUUGGGAGAACCUGGAGAGCUGACUACAAAGCGAUGGCGCUGUUUCCUAGCUUCAAUAUCACUGCCACUUUGAUCAAGGGAUUGAUUGCUGGCCAUUAAAACAGACAUCCAGGAGCACCUGGGUGACUCAGUUGUAAAACGUCUGC